CCAAAAGAAUUGUUCCCUUUUUCAACGACGGCAACCGUAGGUGAUUACCGUGGCACCUCAGAAUCAAUUUUUUAUUUUUCGUUUUUAUUUUCCAUCAAAGUGAAAUGUUAAUUCGAUAGUUUUCAUAUUUUCUAAUUCAAUUCAGUAGAAACAUUUAAACACAAAAAGUAAAACUCUUAAUCAAAAUGGCAACGCGUGGCGGACCAAUGAUCACUGGAACUGAUGGCACAGACUUUGAAUACCGACAGCGGGUCGCAGCUCCACAUCAAAUUAGCUUGCUCAACAAAUCUCGUCUGAAACACUGCAUCUUCUUUCACGCCCUGCUCUUCUUCGUCAUGCUGGCCAAGCUCAUUUCGGACAUACUGGAUCGACUAGAUAUUUUUGUUUUGGAGAUAGAAGAGCUCGAGGUGCCACCUCCACUUUGGUGGGAAUACGUUUGGUGUUUGUCGCUAUUGACGUCGUUCAUUGGUCUUUCGGCUGCACGCAGCAACAAGAUUAGAGAAAUGCAGAAGUAUGUUGUGGCAAUUGGAUUGCUGGGAGUGCUGCCAUUGCUGUAUUGCUUUCUAUAUUACUUUGGUGAUGUGUGGGCCUACAUGACGCUCGAGGAAGGAAUGGAUCCUGACGAGACCGACAUUUUUUUGUGGAGGGGAAUGCCAUAUGGACUUUUGUGGUAUGCCUUCUGUUUUGUUGGGUUCCAAAUCCACGGCUUUACGUUGUACUUUGCAUGGAAUCUCAUCCAAGCUUGGAAAGCAAGAACUGCAUCCAGAAAAUACCAAUAAAUAACCAAACGAACAUACAAAUCCAAACACACGUCACGAAUAAUAUAUCACCACCACCUGAUACGCCUGCACACAUAAUGACUGUUGGCGCAAAAAUUAUGAAUUCCUAUCCCAACCGACAAAAAUAAAAACGAAACUAUACUCUAAAGUAGAAAAGAUGUCAAUAAGUAUAUUUUCUAUUAAAUGUUUUAAAUGUUGAGAAAAAAAAAUAAAAAAAAACAAUAAAUAAUUGAUCGUUAACUAUACUAUAUAAAUGUUAUUGUAAAUAAUAUUUUUCUGAAACAAAAAUUGCUAAAAAGAAGGAGUGAUAGAAUUCAUGAAGAAAAAACAUUAAACAUUAACAGAAGAACUCGCACACAAAAUACACAUUUUAAGAUAUUUAAUUAAAAUUACAAUAAAUGUGCUAGAAGUUAAUAAAUUAUACCAUUAUCUUGAUUAUAAGAAAAUUUAUAAAUAGUUUGUUAAUAGAAAAAGAGAGGAAAAUGGUUUGAGGUUUGAAUACAAAAUAUUAGCAGCGAGAGUUGUAAUGAAAAUUCGAAGAAAGGAUACACAAUCGUUUUCCUUAUUUAACUACUUACUAUUAUUGUUUUUUUUUAAUCAUAUAAACGUGCCUACAAACUAUAAAUGUUGUAUUUGUUUUGAGAUAAUAAAUCAAAAACAAAAAAAAUGCCUGUUAAAUUUAUAA